AGCACUGUAAGGGAGGAGCCGGAGCCGGGCGGGGGAUGCAGGCGGCGCGCGGAGCUAUGGCCAACUUCCGCCUGGCUCUUAUUCAGCUUCAUGUAUCUGCUGUUAAAUCAGAUAACCUUCAACGAGCCUGUGGACUGGUGAGAGAAGCAUCAGCUAAAGGAGCAAAAGUUGUGGCUUUACCUGAAUGCUUUAAUUCUCCAUAUGGAACCCAAUACUUCAAGGAGUAUGCAGAGAAGAUCCCUGGGGAAUCGACACAAAAGCUCUCAGAAGUUGCAAAGGAGUGCAGCAUAUAUCUUGUCGGAGGAUCCAUUCCAGAAGAGGAUGGUGGAAAGCUGUAUAAUACAUGUACUGUCUUUGGGCCUGAUGGUGCUAUGUUGGCAAAGCAUAGGAAGGUGAACAACAGCUUAUUUCUUUCAAGGAAAGACAAAAAAGAGAAUGCAAGGUCACUUGGAACAAACGCGGUGGUGCAAAAUACCUCUGGGGUGCAGGUUCAUUUGUUUGACAUUAAUAUUCCUGGGAAGAUACAGUUCAAAGAGUCUGAAACACUGAGUCCAGGGAAUAGUUUCUCCAUGUUUGAUACUCCAUACUGUAAAGUGGGCCUGGGCAUCUGCUAUGAUAUCAGAUUUGCUGAGAUGGCUCAAAUCUACGGACAGAAAGGUUGCCAGCUGCUGAUAUAUCCAGGGGCUUUUAACCUGACAACAGGACCAGCUCAUUGGGAACUGCUACAAAGGGGACGAGCUGUUGAUAAUCAAGUCUACGUAGCUACUGUAUCUCCUGCUAGAGACGAAAAAGCAUCCUAUGUUGCCUGGGGACACAGCACUGUAGUAAAUCCAUGGGGUGAAGUCAUAGCCAAAGCUGGGGCUGAGGAGACAGUUAUAUACACAGAUAUAGAUCUGAAGAAACUCGCAGAAAUACGUCAACAAAUUCCUAUUUUAAGCCAGAAGCGUUGUGAUCUCUAUGGCAGAGAGAUGAAAAAGUGAAGCUGGGUGAACAGGGAAGGUUCAGCUGGCACAAUGGCUGCUGCUUUCAUCUUCGGAAGGAUUCCCUUACUAGUUGCUCCACAAGCUACUGCUAAAUGUGCCAGUUAAUUUAAAAAACAACUUGGUGGUAUAAUUCUAAAAUUGAUUCAAGUACAGCUUUUAUAUCUCCUCUUAUACUUUAAUAUUUUAUAGUAUUUUACAGCUAGGAUUAAGACGGAGGUGGAAUCAGUUCAACACAGUAGUAGUUAACAUUGCUUUUUAUGCAUCACAAUGUUUUAGUUACCUUUUUGGGGCUUUUUUGUAGAACGUAAAAAUGGGAACUUUGUUCUCUCUGGAAACUUGCUGAAGUCAGCUUUGGUAUUAUGAAUUUUUCAGUGAAUUAUGAGAUAAUCCAGAAGCAUGAUUCUUCCACUUCUGUCCUUCUUAGUUGUAUGUGCCUUAACAAAGCUCAUUGAAUGCUCAACUUCUAACUUGGAAAGCUCAAAAUUUAACACACUAAGCAAAACAGGCCAAAUUCUGCUCUGUACUACUUAGGGACAAUGCAAGAAGCUGCCAGACAGAACUACUACUAUAGUAGAAUCUGUAACAGGUUUUGGUUCAUGUGUCUUGCCUGAAAUGUAUGUAUUAAAUUCUCCUUACUGCAAUUCCUGUUUAUUGCUGAAGUGAUGCAGGUUACUGUUUUGUUAAAGCAAUUCACAUG